GGGCGGGAGACCCGAGGCGCAGGCAGUCGCGGAGCGAGGCUGCAGCGGCGUAGCCCGAACACGGAGCGGGAGCGGCGGCCGGAUCGCAGCCUGCGAGGCCCGCCGCAGCCAUGGGCAACCGCGGCAUGGAGGAUCUCAUCCCGCUGGUCAACCGGCUGCAGGACGCCUUCUCUGCCAUCGGCCAGAACGCGGACCUCGACCUGCCGCAGAUCGCCGUGGUGGGCGGCCAGAGCGCCGGCAAGAGCUCGGUGCUCGAGAAUUUCGUAGGCAGGGACUUCCUGCCUCGAGGAUCUGGCAUUGUCACCCGACGUCCCCUGGUCCUGCAGCUGGUCAAUGCUACCACAGAAUAUGCCGAGUUCCUGCACUGCAAGGGGAAGAAAUUCACCGACUUUGAGGAGGUGCGCCUGGAGAUCGAAGCCGAGACCGACCGGGUCACCGGCACCAACAAGGGCAUCUCGCCGGUGCCCAUCAACCUCCGCGUCUACUCGCCGCACGUGCUGAACCUGACCCUGGUGGACCUGCCCGGAAUGACUAAGGUCCCGGUGGGGGACCAACCUCCUGACAUCGAGUUCCAGAUCCGGGACAUGCUCAUGCAGUUCGUCACCAAGGAGAACUGCCUCAUCCUGGCCGUGUCCCCCGCCAACUCUGACCUGGCCAACUCUGAUGCCCUCAAGGUCGCCAAGGAGGUGGACCCCCAGGGACAGCGCACCAUCGGGGUCAUCACCAAGCUGGACUUGAUGGACGAGGGCACAGACGCCCGCGAUGUGCUGGAGAACAAGCUGCUCCCCCUGCGCAGGGGCUACAUUGGGGUGGUAAACCGGAGCCAGAAGGAUAUUGAUGGCAAGAAGGACAUCACGGCCGCCUUGGCUGCUGAACGCAAAUUCUUCCUCUCCCAUCCGUCCUACCGUCACUUGGCUGACCGCAUGGGCACACCCUACCUGCAGAAGGUCCUCAACCAGCAACUGACGAACCACAUCCGGGACACACUGCCAGGGCUGCGGAACAAGCUGCAGAGUCAACUGCUGUCCAUCGAGAAGGAGGUGGAGGAAUACAAGAACUUCCGCCCUGAUGACCCCGCUCGCAAGACCAAGGCCCUGCUGCAGAUGGUCCAGCAGUUUGCAGUGGACUUUGAGAAGCGCAUUGAGGGCUCCGGUGAUCAGAUUGACACCUAUGAACUGUCUGGGGGAGCCCGCAUUAACCGGAUCUUCCAUGAGCGCUUCCCCUUUGAGCUGGUCAAGAUGGAGUUUGAUGAGAAGGAACUCCGAAAGGAGAUCAGCUAUGCCAUCAAGAAUAUCCAUGGCAUUAGAACGGGGCUGUUUACCCCAGACAUGGCCUUUGAGACCAUUGUGAAAAAGCAGGUGAAGAAGAUCCGAGAACCGUGUCUCAAGUGUGUGGACAUGGUUAUCUCGGAGCUAAUCAGCACCGUUAGACAGUGCACCAAGAAGCUCCAGCAGUACCCGCGGCUGCGCGAGGAGAUGGAGCGCAUCGUGACCACCCACAUCCGGGAGCGCGAGGGCCGCACCAAAGAGCAGGUCAUGCUUCUUAUCGAUAUUGAGCUGGCUUACAUGAACACUAACCACGAGGACUUCAUAGGCUUUGCCAAUGCUCAGCAGAGGAGCAAUCAGAUGAACAAGAAGAAGGCUUCAGGGAACCAGGAUGAGAUUCUGGUCAUCCGGAAGGGCUGGCUGACCAUCAACAACAUCGGCAUCAUGAAGGGGGGCUCCAAGGAGUACUGGUUUGUGCUGACCGCUGAGAAUCUGUCCUGGUACAAGGAUGACGAGGAGAAAGAGAAGAAAUAUAUGCUGUCCGUGGACAACCUCAAGCUGCGGGAUGUGGAGAAGGGCUUCAUGUCGAGCAAACAUAUCUUUGCCCUCUUUAACACGGAGCAGAGGAACGUCUACAAGGAUUAUCGGCAGCUAGAGCUGGCCUGCGAGACGCAGGAGGAGGUGGACAGCUGGAAGGCCUCCUUCCUGAGGGCUGGCGUCUACCCAGAGCGUGUUGGGGACAAGGAAAAAGCCAGCGAGACUGAGGAGAAUGGCUCAGACAACUUCAUGCACUCCAUGGACCCACAGCUGGAGCGGCAGGUGGAGACCAUUCGGAACCUGGUGGACUCAUACAUGGCCAUUGUCAACAAAACCGUGCGAGACCUCAUGCCUAAGACCAUUAUGCAUCUCAUGAUCAACAAUACAAAGGAGUUCAUCUUCUCGGAGCUGCUGGCCAACCUGUACUCGUGCGGGGACCAGAACACACUGAUGGAGGAGUCAGCUGAGCAGGCACAGCGGCGCGACGAGAUGCUGCGCAUGUACCACGCGCUGAAAGAGGCGCUCGGCAUCAUCGGCGAUAUCAACACGACCACCGUCAGCACGCCCAUGCCCCCGCCCGUGGACGACUCCUGGCUGCAGGUGCAGAGCGUACCGGCCGGACGCAGGUCGCCCACGUCCAGCCCCACGCCGCAGCGCCGAGCCCCCGCCGUGCCCCCAGCCCGGCCCGGGUCGCGGGGCCCUGCUCCUGGGCCUCCGCCUGCUGGGUCCGCCCUGGGGGCGGCGCCUCCCGUGCCCUCCAGGCCGGGGGCUUCCCCUGAUCCCUUCGGUCCUCCCCCUCAGGUGCCCUCGCGCCCCAACCGCGCCCCACCCGGGGUUCCCAGGAAGGGCCCAGCCUCACCUACGCGACCUGCAGUCCCCCGACCAGCUGAGGCUCCCCUCUUAGACUUAUAAGUCUGUGGCCACUGGCAUCCGGCUGCCUGCCCUCCCUGCCUCCCCCAGGGUCCCUUCAAAGGGUCCCUGGGCUUUCUGACUGCCCAGAGAGGCCUCCAGCGCUCCCUCCAGCCAUCUCUGUUAGCUUCACCCUCCUGGUUCAAGCAGUGUUCUUUCUCCAUCAGGCCUGGUGGCUGUCGUGUGAGGCUCCCCAAGGCUAUGGGUGGCCCUGGGCCAGUGGGUUGGAAGACAGGGUGACCAGAGAAGAGGGAAGCCCAAGGGGCCUGAGCACGUGUCUGGAACUAUGAGUGCACUGCCUGAGUGAUGUGUGAGAGGCCAGUGUGCAUGGGGGUGGGAAGGCCACCACACCCCUAUGCACCCCUACCCGGACUACCUAUGAAACGCCAGCCUACCUACCCGCCUGCCUGCCCACCUACCCGCCACCCUGUCUCCGUCUCUGUCUUCUUCCCCUUCCUCCCUUCUCCUGUAUGGCCCCUCUUUCCCUGGAACCUCACCCAUGCACACACCUUCCCCCAUCCCCUCCACUCCAGCCCGCCCAUGCACACCUUCCCCCCUCCCCCGCCGGCAUGGUGGGGCGGCUGCACUGCCUUACCAGCUCUCUCCUUGCUGUGUCUCUCCCGUUUUCUCUCCCGGCUUCUUCUCUCCAACUGCCAGCCGAUCGGGUCAGGCAAGUCCAUCCCGUCCUGAGAGCCCCCGGCCCCCCUUCGAACUCUAACCAGUUCCCUUCUCUUCCUCGGAGACCUCCCUUUCCAAGCCUGCCUGGACGGCUGUUCUGUGACUACCAUUGGCUCCCCCAGCCACAAAGCCACCCCCUUCAUCUGUGACUUAGUCUGUUGUAGUGGUGAGCUGACACAUCCGGGCGUGAUGUUGGUGAAAACUUGUGCCCCUCUGUGGUAUCGCUCCUGCCCUGUUCUAUAAAUAUCUAUAAAUACUCAUAUAUAUAUAUAUACAUAUGUAUGGCCCACAGCCUCACCUCUAGUGCUGGGAAUCAAUCACUGUGCCGUCCUUGUGGAGUCUGUGGCCCAACUACAAGGGAACGCUGUCCCCUGACAUCCCCGCUUCAAAGUGUGCCACAUGCAGUGAGCCUUCCUGUCAUGCCCUGCCCGUGGACAGCCAGCCCUCCCGUCCCUCCCCUCGAGCAUGGGGGUGCUGUACAGGCAGCCGUGUGGUCUGGCACUACCAGUCCUGCUGUCUCUCGGCUGAGAAUAAAACCCAUUUCUGGAUGACAGGAA